AUGUCGACUUCGAGUUUGCAGGAGAGCGUCUCGUCCAACACAUCCAUUUCUGACGAAGAGACGGAACACAUCCCUUGCGAAUCAUGUGACGUUCCUCCAGAAAGCCUCGAGCAUGUCUUCCCUGCAUUUGACAUCAAGACGAACCAGGUCGUUAGAAUGCCCGACACUGACUACAUCUUCAUCGCACUGGAUUUCCAUCAUAUCUGUGGGAACGAGCCUAGCAUAUCUCUGGAUGGAUCGUCGUAUCGACAUAAUACUGUCAUGGAGGCCGGAAUCGCAUAUCUUGAUAUGCGAGACAUUUUGCAUGGCCGUGGUAAGGGCGUCAAACCUGGAGAUCGCGGAUCGUCCUGGUUCAAGUACAUGACUCCUCUCCACUACAUAGUGGAAGAGUUCGAGAACCAAGAUGCGUCAGAUCAGUCACCCUACUUGUUCGCUUUUGGUCGAUCAAGAAGAGUUCAGCAAAAAGAUCUUGCGUAUAGAUUAUAUCGAGUCUUUGCAUCGCUGAAAAAGAAAAACCGACGGAACGAUGAGGUCGAGCAAGGACGUCUUCGACAGCUCAUUUUUCUGACCUUUGACGCAGAGCCCGCCGAAACUACGCUAAUGCAACUUGGUUUGGAGUGGUUAGCAGAACCCAAUGUUCAGAUAUGGGACUUGAAGAAGGAGAAGCAGUUUGAGACACGCCUUCAACAACCCGCAGUAUUUGAGCAUGCUCUGGAGCGCCUGGGCCUUCGCUUUGAAGACACUCGAUUUGGAAAACUCUCGUCAUGCUCGGGGAAUGCAACUGUGUUUAUGAUUCAGAUGCUCCUUGCAUUCUUCUAUAGAGAAGAACGCCAAAAAGUCUUGUUUGAGGACCACAGACCAUUGAGAUGGCUUCGGUAUACUUGGGUAGGCCAUUCAUUAGAUCAGCUGAAUUUGGCGCCUGGAGAGUUACCAAAGCGAAGGCAUGAUAGCGAGAUGAAUCGUCAUGAUGUGCCUCAGAAGAAGAAUGAGAAGGCGUUUGGGUAG